AUGAGUUCCGCAUUCUUCCGCCGGCCUACAGAUGAAAGCUCGAGUUCGGACAGCGACGAUGCAGAGCCAGCUGAAGAUUCCCAGGAAGAGUUGGAGAUUUCGGCUGGAGAAGAGGUUGGACCAACCAUUACCACCGAGUCCCUUUCCAGCCAUGAAAGCGUGUCCGUUGGCGGCGAGGGGCAGGAAGUCCCAUUCGCCGACUUCCACAACAUAGAACAACAUCGCAGCCUCUUGCUCUCGGCAUUGCUCGAGGACUUUGUAAAGAAUCGUGCUUGCGAAGAAAUGAAUAAGGCCAAUCCGGGCCGCAACUAUGACCGACAUUCACCGGAAAUUCAACCUCUAGCACAGAGACUUUUCCAACAAGCCAGUCAGCCGCUGGCAUUGAAUGGGUGGAUUACCCCGACGGCUGCUAAUGAUAACAUCGGAAGCAGACAAACUCGUGCCACCUACUUAAGUGGAAUCGAAAGUCUCGCCCUAGGAAGGCUUCAGAGUGGCAAUUUCUUGCCUGGCCAGGGACGACCACAACUUCCAUCGCGCAAUCAUUUGCUUGCAUUGACGCAGGCAAACCACCACAAUCAGAUGACUGGGCAACACAAUCUAGCAGCAGUGGCCGGUAGUUUAUCCCUAUUUUCCGAGUCGAACGCACCACCGAGUCCAUACUCAGACUUAAUCCUCACGAGUCCUACAGUGAGGCGGAGUCACUACGAGUCUAGCUUUCAGCAGCUAAAGUUUCUCGGUCGCGGAGGGUUCGGGGCAGUGUAUCAUACGUACAACGUUUUUGACAAGAAGGAGUAUGCAGUCAAGAAGAUCCCACUCAGUCCAAGGCUGUCCCAGAGAUACAGAGAAUCUGGUCAUAAAGAGUUGGAAAGCAUUCUUCGAGAGGUCCAAGCUCUAGCACAGCUUGAGCAUAACAACAUCGUUCGGUACCAUGCAACGUGGAUUGAGGAACCAAAAGAAACAGCUUCGAUGGUAUACACACCAAGGAAGCCUAGUCUGACGGUUGGAGGGAGGAGAUUAAUAGAAGCGGUCGGGUCAGCAUCUCGUCAUCUUCCUCCCGCGCAGGUGUCGGAAGUGAGCGACGGGAUCAUAUUCGGCUCAGACAGCGUUUCCAAAGCUGUGACAGACAAAGUCGAUGUUGAUCCCCCGGCCCCGUCUGUGACAUUUGCGCAUCCAACUGAGACAGAGUCAAUCGCUGGACGAACUUCAGAGAUUUUCACUGAUGGCGAUGCUCAGCCUGGUGCUCGAGUUGAAACUGUAUUAGAUAGCUCGGUUUAUGUGCUCCACGUGCAAAUGUCUGUCUAUCCCUUGACACUGGCACAAUACCUAGCUCCGCAAGGUCAAGGCCACGGUCAGCAUCAGCAUCAGUCAACUAACAGUGGCAGCCUGAGUCGUCGACAUUGUUUCCAUUUGGUCCCAGCUCUCAGGAUCCUACUGGGCAUUCUUUGCGGAUUGCAAUACAUCCACGCCAAGGGGUUAAUUCAUCGGGACAUCAAACCGACCAACAUCUUCAUGUCCAGCAUGGAAUUGAACGCAGGGUCUUUGAUUGCCGAAGGUUAUCACGACGUUGGAUCGUGCGUUGGAUGUGAGGGCUCAAGCCCUUACUACAUCAAUCCUCGCAUAGGGGAUUUCGGUCUCGUGGCAGAGCCAACUCUAGACUCCAUGAUUGGCGGGACAGGUAACCGCAGAGUCGUGGGAACGCAAUACUAUCGACCUCCUCCAUUCCGCGACGCACGAAACAAGUGCAACUCAAACGCAGUAGUCGACGAGAAGCUCGACGUCUUUGCACUCGGUGUGAUUCUAGUCGAGAUGCUGUGGUGCUGCAGGACAGCCACGGAGCGCAUGCAUGUUCUUCAGGGUCUUCAACGAGGCAAGAUCCCAUCGGGACUGCCUGAGAAGCUCAAGCAGGAAGGCCAUGAACCCGAAACAGGCGAGUUAGUGCUCCAAGGCAUCUCGAGCAUGAUUGAGCGCGAUCCGUCGAAAAGAUGGGGCUGUGCCGCAUUGACAGAGUGGAUUGUAAUGAUCCUGGAUAAAUGCAAGCCACCGCCCACGCACGACUUGCAGUAA